CUCUAGUCUUCAAUCAAAAGUCCCCAAACGAAAUGUAUCAUAUAUGAAGAGUUUUUUUUUUUUAAAUUCGUCGAAGUGUUGAUGUUAUAUUAUGGCAUUUUGGCAAGGUGCCAACUCUAGCAUGACGACUAUGAAGGCUCUUCCAGUAGUUGUUACAUUUGCUUAUGAAACCAUAAGCAAGGAGAGAACAGAAUACAUUGUGUGGAUAUUCGAAUAUUUUUUCAUACCAGGGGUAUCGUAUCUCGGCAUCGUAGGCAACAUCAUCACGAUUGUAGUCAUUCUAAGAUUAGGCGUCAAGAAAUCGUCCAAUAUUUUGCUGAUAUCCCUUGCGGUGGCCGAUUUCUUCUAUCUCUUGGGCACGAGUAAGAUAAUGGACUUGAUUGAACAGUCUACUGGAGGGAUGUAUCGUCCCAAUUCUUACCUCGCCGGCUACGCAAUGUUUGUCUUAACCAUGAUGUUCAGGUUCGUCAGCUCAGGCCUGUUCGUCUCGCUGAUGCUGCCGGCCCUGAUAACCACGGAGCGACUGAUCGCAAUUUUCCUGCCUUUGAAAUUUCAGCUGAUCGUAACUCGCAGAAGGGCGUGGAUCACUGUCUUUUCUGUGUACGUUCUGUCGAUGGCCUAUGCUGGUUUCUACUUAUCGCUUUUCGACUACGCGUUGACGGUGGGCCAAAACAACACGCUCGAAGGCAGUGACGCCCCCACUGAUUUCUUCUUCAGCCACCGGGAAAUCUACUUUGGCGUGAAUGCAGCCAUGAACAAAAUUACUGGACCGAUUCCACUGUUUUACGUCCUCGCCGGUUGCGUUGUUAUCGGCGUCAAGGUGCAGGUGGCGUCCAGAUUUCGUAAGACCACUUCCCGGUCCGGAAAAGCGUCCGGCGGUAGAAGAACGACACGCACCCUGUUGUCCGUCUGCGUGGUCUACACAUUGACCAGCGGCUUCUCCUUCCUCAACUAUGAGCUCAGCAACAAUCAAGUAGACAAAAAGACAAACUUGGAACUUGUUCUGAUGGAGGUGGAAGCCUUCCUUCUGUGUGUCAACAGCGCAUGCAACUACUUAAUCUAUGUCGCAUCUAAUCCCAACUUUCGCAUACUUACUUGUGGCAGAUGCGGUGUUGUUUUAAAGAAGUGAACGUCUCUUUGAAUCAAAUGGAAAACAUCAG